UUAUUGCGGAAGUACCAGACUGCACCGUGACUCUCGGCUAUUUUUGUUUUGGUUUCUAAGACGCUAAGUGUCACUGUGCACGGAACUUGCAUUAAGUUUCCCAUAUUGAAACGCAAUGGCAGCUCUUAAGUACGCUGGUAUGGACGAUACUGACAGCGACGAUGAGUUACCUCCUGGAUGGGAGGAAAGAUCAACGAAAGAUGGAUGGGUCUACUAUGCAAACCACGAUGAGAUGAGGACACAGUGGGAACACCCCAAGACUGGAAAGAAGAAACGUUGUGCUGGAGAUUUGCCAUAUGGCUGGGAGCAAAACACCAAUGAACAUGGUCAAAUUGUUUACGUUGACCACAUCAAUAAGCGAAGCACUCAUUUCGACCCCCGCCAAGUGUUUACUGUGGAGGAUGUGACGGUGAAGCCAAAACGCUAUGAUGGCAACUCUGCGGCUUUGGAGAUCCUUCAAGGUCGGGAUCUGUCCGACAAGGUGGCCCUGAUAACUGGCGGCAACUCAGGCAUUGGCUUUGAGACAGCCAGGUCUUUUGCACUGCAUGGCGCCCGUGUUAUCCUGGCCUGCCGAAACCUUUCCCGGGCCAACAAGGCCAUCAGCGCCAUACAGGAGGAUUGGCACAAAGCCCAAGUGGAAGCCAUGAUGUGCGACCUGGCCUCUUUCCGCAGUGUCAGGGAGUUUGCAGACUCCUUCAAAGCCAAAAAGCUGCCCUUGCACAUUUUGGUGUGCAAUGCGGCGGUGAGCACUCAGCCUUGGAGUUUGACCGAGGACGGCCUGGAGUCCACUUUUCAGAUCUGCCAUCUGGGUCACUUCCUGUUGGUCCAGUGCCUGCAGGAUGUGUUGCGUUGCUCGGCGCCCGCCCGUGUGGUGGUGGUAUCGUCAGAGUCCCACAGGUUCACAGACUUGUUAGACUCAUGCGGUAAGGUGGAUCUGGCGCGGUUGUCGCCCCCGCCGAAGGAGUACUGGUCCAUGUUGGCCUACAACCGCGCCAAGCUGUGCAACAUCCUGUUCAGCAAUGAGCUGCACCGCCGCCUUUCUCCGCACGGGGUGUCGUCCAACGCCUUGCACCCUGGCAACAUGAUGUACACGGCCAUUCACAAGAGCUGGUGGCUCAUGACCUUCCUCUUCACCCUGGCCAGACCGUUCACCAAGUCGCUGCAACAAGGCGCCGCCACCAGCGUGUACUGCGCCGUGGCUCCCGAGCUGGAGGGCCUGGGAGGAAUGUACUUCAACAACUGCUUCCGCUGCGAGCCCUCCACCCAAGCCCAGGACCCGGAUGCCGCUGCAAGCCUGUGGGAGCUGAGCGAGCGCCUGGUGGCGCAGGGCGAGACCAUUGCCCAGGUCCGGACCCUCUGAGGUUCGGAGUCACGCUCGGUGUUGAGAAAAAGAAUUGUGGGGAAGCCUCAUUGACUGUGUUGUUUGAUAGAGCUGCCAAAGGCAGACUGUGUGUUUGGGCACGGCACUUCACAAUGGGGUGAGAAAGCGUGGGGAUGAAGUCACAUACACUACUUGAUGGGAAGGGGAACAAUUUACACUUGGGUUCUGGUCCUUUUUUUCUUGAUUUUUCUCCCUGUUAAAAACAAUCUUCUGUGAAAGUUAAUGUUCAUUAAUAGAAAUUCUUUCUGUAGUUUGUCUGUUUGAUUUCAGCAAUAGUGUGACAAAUAGUUGUAGUAGUCGUAGUAAUAUUAGGGCCACACUGAAAAGAAAAAAUGAGAAGGGGAUAUGGUGGCCAAAAAAAAUCUUGCCUUUUACUGUAUUUACAAGAAAAAAAAGAAUCAGAAUGUUUACGAAGUACGUAAUUUUAUGAAAGUAGUUAUAUUGCUGCAAAAAAAAAAAAAAACAAGGUAGGUUUAUAGUUUUUCAAAAGAAAAAAAACAGCAGUUAACCGGAAAAAAGUACAAUAACUCUAGUCAAAUUUAAAGACGAAGUCAUUUUACAAGAACAAGGUCAUACUUUUACAACGGUAAAGUGCAAUAUUACCAGUUUAAAUGUAGUUUUGCCCCAAAAAAAGUCUGAAGUUUGAAUAUUGCAAUAUAAAAAGUUGGAGAAUUGUUUUUGGGGGGGUGGACCGUAGUUGUCCAUAAUUGUAUGAGAUUGAAGUUAUAAUAAACAAGGCAAUACCAGAAAAAAAAUGGAGACAGUCAUAGUUUACAAUAAUAAAGUACAGUCAAAGUAUCAAAGAAAAAAUAUAAUUAUAAUACAAAAGUAGCAAUAUUACAAGCAAAAAGUGGGACAGGAAAGGGUGCAUUAAAAGAGGAAUGUCGCAGUACCUUUCACUUCAGCACAAGUUACAAUAUUUCACAUGGCAAAAAAGAUAUCUAAAUAAAUAGAAUUGGUUUUGAAAGACCUACCACUUUAUUCUCAAAAAAAUUCGCUGGUACUGUGAAGAAAAUGAAAGGCUAUUCAUCUGAAUUUCCUUUUUCAUUGUGGCCCUAAUAUUUUUUUUUGUCAAAGAGUUCCAUUUUUUCUUUUUUUUCUUCUCUGUUUCCUACGUGUGUGUUAGGGUUGGGUUUGAAGGAACAACGAGGAACUCAUGGCAACACACAGAGCAUCCUUCCACGAGGCGUUCCAGAAUCGAAAAAGACCUUCAGGCCCCCGCAGAUCAAACAAACGGGCGUGAGCACCCUGGGUGAAGUGGGAGGAGCCUGCCUGGCUUCCACAGCGAGUGUCAUCGAUCAGCUCGCAUCGGAAUCGUUCUGAUAGCUGGUCAAUAUGCUACACUUCCUCUCAGAGGGAAGAGGAAAGAGGAGAUCUUGCUCCUUUGACCCCCUACCCCUGUCCAGUGUUUCCCAACCUUUAUAUUAUUCCGAAAGGAAUAGAAAUGCUAUUAAUCCAUUACAAAACGACUCCCCAAAUUUUUGUCAGUUAUGUUUAGUUGAGCACAAAGCUAAUGUUACUUUCUGCCCUCUAGUGGAAGUUCAUUUAAUUGAUCUGCUUGUCACUGUACGUUGCAGGCACAGAUAGGUGAAAAAAAAUACAUUAUUUGUAAUAACAACUACUACACAGUGGGAAUGACUUCCCGCACACACACACACACAAUGCGAGGCGACACAAAGCAGAAACCAACAGUGGCUGUUCCCCUAAUUUCUUUUCUUCCCUUCACCGAGUUCAUUUCAAUUUGGCCCGUAAUUGUUUACGAGCGACCAUUUCAUUUUCCAUUAUUGUUUUUAUUUCUCCUCGUGAUUAAUUUCACCUCUCAAGGAAUAAUUAUGAGAGGAUUGAUUUGAUUAUGCCUUUGUUCUGGCCCCCGUCGGCUCCAUUGACUGAGGGAAACGCCAUCUCGCCAUUUGCGGCGGAUAUAUUUAAUGAUCACAAUCAAUGUUAAAGCUCUCUCUAGACUCGACUAACUCAAUAAAUAUCUGCCAGGAGGAAAUUUACCAUCUAACUACAGCCGGCAAUAAAGUCUCUGCCUUCCCUCCUCCUCCUCCUCCUCCUUCUCCCUCGGCCGCCCACUCUUCUCUCUUUCCAUCUCUUCUGUGAUGAGGGCCACCUUGUGAUUAAAACUGCUGAUACAUUUUCAUUAAGAGCUGCUGUAGAGUCCAGUCAGUCAUCACGCUGUUUCGUUGCUCUCGUCGGCUGUUAGUGAUGCAAAUUUUCUUGAUGUGUCAUUUCGAUGGCUCGACUCUUUCUUUCUUUUGUGCAUGUACUGAAUUUGCUUAUUUGUACUAGUGAUGUGCAUACCCGUUCUUUUAAGUGAACUGAAUCUUUAGAAUUCGUUCACUCUUGUUCACUGAAAACAUUCGUUCUUUUGAACCCAUCGUUCAUUCACGAGCCAACACUUCAAUCAAUGUGCCCAACCGCUUGUCCAUCGGUGCUUCGAAAUAACUUUGUUCUAUGGCUCCACAUGUCCUCAACAUUGCAAACUUUUGUUACGGGAUUUCUUUUUAAAGUCAGGAUUCGUUCCCUCACUGAUCCGUUCUCGCGAUGACCUAGAAAUGCAAAUGACUCACUCACUGACUCGUUCACUCACAGAUCCGUUCAGUUGGUGAACGGGAAAUGCAAUUCACGACUCGUUCGUGAGCGGGAAGUUACGUCAUUUUCUUCUUUGUUUUGUUUUACGGCGAGGUGGCACCAGCUUCUAUGCGCUUCUAUCACUUUAGGAAGUGAUUCGCUCACUCUCGUUCACUGAAAGAAAAUCGUUCUUUUGAACGUAUCGUUCACUCACCAGCCAACACUAUUUUGUACUGAUAAUGUGGGGGUUUGUUUGUUUGAUUAAAGCCAGUACUACUGCCUAA